AUGGAGGAUUGGGAGGACGAGUCAAUUCCAGAUCUUCUCAAAAAGGAGCAGCCAAAGAGUAAUUGGGAUGAUGAAGAUGUGGAUGAUAAUGAUGUGAAAGAAUCUUGGGAAGAUGAAGAUGAGCCUGCACCGGCACCUAAAGCAGAACCUCUUCCUGAAAAGGUCUCAGAAAAGCCUGCAGCAAAAUCGGGCGAAAAGAAAGGGAAAGCUAUUGAAGCUGCAAUGGAUGCUCCCUUAGAUCCCGUACAAGAAAAACUUCGCCAGCAGAGGCUUGUCGAAGAAGCUGAUUACAAGUUCACUACAGAGUUGUUUGCUAAGAGUGAUGAAGAGAAGACUCUUGAUAAUUUUAUUCCCAAAACCGAAAGUGACUUUUUAGAAUAUGCUGAACUUGUUGCCCAUAAGCUCUGUCCAUAUGAGAAAAGCUAUCACUACAUUGGAUUGCUCAAGGAUGUGAUGAGAUUGUCAAUGUCGUCUUUGAAAGGAGCAGAUGCUAAAGAAAUCGCCUCUUCUGUCACUGCGAUUGCAAAUGAAAAGAUUAAAGCAGAAAAAGAAGCCAAUGCUGGCAAGAAGAAAGGUUCAAAGAAGAAAAAUCUGCAUGUUGGCAAGCCCGACGAUGAUGUUGUUGCUGAUACAUAUGAUGAUUUCGACGAUUAUGAUUUUAUGUGA